AUGGUCGGUCAUGACCAGCUUCGCAACCAUGACCUUGAGUACCACAGCAACACCUUUGUUGCUACAGUCACCACGAACGAUGACUCAACGCAGAAGCACGUUGUGAGGAAAGUUGGGGACUUUUUCGUGUGUCCGCUUGGAUGCGAGGCAACCAUUAGGACAAAGUCAGGAGGCCGCAAGUACUUGGUCAACAAGAUCUGCAUUGCCAAGGACAAGGUCAGGGACAUUGAGGAAGAAAAGGAUUUGCCCGAUUCUGAAUUGCCUAUUCGAGCAUUGCCAAAGCACUUCCUGAUUCUCUUGGAUCUUGGAGUGGAGCAAUAUGCUCUUGCUCACGCCUCGGUGAUCGCCAAGUUUUCCGCCGGGCAAGGGACAGAUGGAAGACAAAACCUAUUCUCGCGUAACCCGGGCAACCAGGGGCCUGGCAGCCCUGGGGCAAAACUUGGCACCCGCACUCGCAAGCGAAAGCAUGGUGAGGAUGAAGUGGCUUUGACAUGCUCAUGCUCAUCAAUCUCGACGCUGGGUUUGGAGCGCACAUUAUCGGUGUCCCCUUACACAGCCUGGCUCGUACGCCCCAAGUUUGUCGAACUCGACGACCGCAUGUGA